AUGGCGGCUGCCGCGUGUACCCGGGACACCCUGGGAGAGGCACCCGACAUUGUACAAUGGCUGAACGCGCUGUUUGAGGCCUUCUGGAGAAGAUUAUGUGACAAGGUAUUCCCAUCAGCUCCUAUGGUAGCAAACACACCUUCAAGACCACUCCGAAGCCCCCAACGCCACAGAGCUUGCCGGAGGAGGGGAAUGCUUACCAGACGCACCACCAGGAAGGUGCUGGGCAAAGCAGCGCUGAACACUCACAAGGCCAGCACCUGGAGGGUGAGGAAAGAAGCUGUACAGAGAAGGCAGCAACUCAUGAGGCGUAAGAGGCCGCAUCAGCGGCGCAUCGUGAAACCUGCAGUAUGUCGGCAAGCCCCGAUGCCACAAAACACCAGCUCAAACAUCUGGGUCGUGCAGCAAGAUGGAGUGAUGGGAGGACAGCAGCUACAGACACAGAACCCGCAACUGACACCAUCGCCUGUGAGAAAACAGGCUCAAGAAAAGUGGGACUGUAAAUUCCCUAUCAUAGGAAUAGGCUAUGUUGAGCCUCUGGUUGCCUGA